GAGCAGAGGAGGGAAGUGGGGGAGAGAGGCGCCCUGGAAGCGAAGCAGCAAUGGGGGAGUCCAGCGGGUCGGCCUCCGUGUCGGUGGACGUCGAGCGGAUCUCCUUCGGCGGCAAGGAGCAUCUUGUGAGGACGAGAUGUGGCUCUGUAACAGUUGCAGUGUAUGGAGACGAGGACAAGCCUGCGCUUAUUACCUACCCGGAUGUAGGUUUGAACUACAUGUCCUGUUUCCAAGGAUUGUUCUUCUGCCCGGAAGCUGCGUCUUUGCUGCUCCACAAUUUCUGCAUCUACCACAUCAAUCCUCAGGGGCACGAGUUGGGAGCGGCUCAAAUCCCAUCUGAUGUGCCGGUGCCAUCUGUUGAUGAUCUUGCCGAUCAGGUUGCAGAUGUGAUCGAUUUCUUCAGUUUAGGAUCUGUGAUGUGCCUCGGUGUCACGGCUGGUGCCUAUGUCCUCACACUCUUUGCGACAAAAUAUCGGGAGAGGGUAAUAGGACUGAUGCUGGUUUCCCCUCUGUGCAAAGCCCCAUCCUGGAGUGAAUGGUUGUAUAAUAAGUUAUUGUUAAAUUUGCUCUACUAUUACGGGGCUCGAGGCCUGGUCAAGGAGUGCUUGCUUCAGCGGUACUUUAGCAAGAAAGUGCGUGGGGAUGCUCAAUAUCCUGAAUCAGACAUCGUGCAAGCCUGUAAAAAUUUGCUCGAUGAGAAGCAGGGUGAAAAUAUUUGGAGAUUUCUCCAAUCGAUAAAUGAGAGGCAUGACUUAACAGACUCAUUGAGGAAAUUGCAAUGCCGCACACUAAUUUUUGUGGGAGAGAACUCAGAAUUCCAUGAGGAUGCCAUCCAUCUGACCACAAAGCUGGACAGGAGAUACUGCGCACUAGUUGAGGUGCAGGAUUGUGGCUCCCUUGUAACUGAGGAGCAGCCGUAUGCCAUGUUGAUGCCAAUGGAGUACUUCCUUAUGGGAUAUGGACUUUACAGACCGUAUCAGCUGAGUGGCAGUCCUCGCAGUCCACUGAGCCCGUGUUGCAUAUCGCCUGAGCUGCUAUCUCCUGAGAGUAUGGGUGUGAAUCUGAAGCCAAUAAAGACUCGGGUCACCAUCGACUUCUAACACUGGGAAACAAGUCUCAGGAGUCAGAAUGAAAACGGACUACCUGUAUUACAUUACAUCUAAUAAAACUGAAGGCAGCCACAAGCUGGUUGCUCUAGGAUGAGUGGUGGUCGCACCUUGCUUAUAUACCAUGGCAAAUGGCCAUUUUUGUUGAAGAUUAACAUAUAUAAUGUACAUAAAAAAGAAAGAGCAGAGGGGAACCCCGUAGUAGAGAUAACCAGGAUGCUUCUUUGUUCAAUCUGUUUUGUAGUCAGCUGUCAGCACAAAUGUACAUCUCAAAGUAGUUUGACAGAAACAAUAAGAAAAGAAUCACUCUCCAGGGUGUUAGAUGUUCGUCUUUCAUAC